AUGGAUCAGCUCAAGCGCUUCAACCUAUGGUUGAAGGAGCACUCGACAAAGCAGGAAAGUUCCCCGGCUGAGAAAAAAGAAGAUGAUCCGAUCCCUGUGCAAGAGGAGGAGCAGGACGAUGAGAUUGGUAACCUUCUGCAGCAGUACGGUGUGUUGCUGGAGUACGAGAGAACGCAGGCGUUCAACCUGCAAUCCAGGGGUGCAAGCUUGGACACCACAGCUGCAGGGAGCGUUCAGUGGAGCUCCUACAGCUCAAGUUCGGCAAGCUGUGCGGGGCAUGCAUCACCUGUGCUGGACACAUCCUCUACACUAAUAUAUCUCGAUUGGGAUGACACUCUGUUUCCGUCCACCGAGAUUUUUGACCGAUGGGGGUUGCCACACCAAUGGGACUCCGAAGGUCUUACCGCAAAGCAAGAGCAGCUACUGCACGCCUGGGGCGAGUCAUUGCAGCGGUUCCUGAAAGCUUGCAUGGAAUACUCCGGAUCCUGCGUCAUCGUCACCAACGCACAAAGCCGUUGGGUUGAGAACUGCCUGAGACGCUUUGCACCGGAGCUCGUCUCUCUCUUUCAAAGCCCAGGGGGACCUACGGUUUUGUAUGCCAAGGAAGUUCUGAGAGCCUUGCGCUUGCGCAAGAAGGUAAGGCACCAGGAUGACAGUGUGAUCCCUGCGAAGCACCUCGAUGCUUACUGGGACGAAGAGGAUACCCAACGCUUCAAGUUCGUGGAGAUGUCGGCAGCAAAGUUCCAUGCGAUGAAGCAAGAAUUCCUUGAUUUCUUCAGUGGGCGUGAAGGGCACUCUCCUGGGGAUGCGCAUGUCCGAACUCCGUCCGGAACCAACCGUCAAGUCAUUGCUUCUGCCAGAAGCGCCGAAGAUCAGCGAGUUGACCGUUCGGCUGGAAUUGCUCCGCUUACUUCUGCCCGCCAUCGUCAGUCGCAGCAGCGACAUCGAUCUCGACUUGAAGGAUUCGCCUGUUCCCAUGAAGCUGCUUGCAAAGGCAGGUGCUCCUUCGUGUUUUGGGUACACCGUGUAGCCUGCACGUGA